AUGAAAUUAAUAAAUCUUGUAAUUUAUUUUUUUCUUUUUGGAAUAGUAUAUUCUCAACCACCACAACCACACUAUGGUGUAUUUGAAUUAUCAGCAUUACGUGGUGGAGAAAAUAAACUUCUGUAUAGGGGUGCCAAUCUAAAAGCUUUUUCUCAAACACCAGCUAGACCAGGAGUGAUUGUUACUUUUUUCAGAUACAAUGGAGGUAUUGACAUUUACUAUUCCCAUAGGAUACAAAUUGUUGCAAAUCUUGAAGAGUCAGCGCGUGUAAUGACCCAAACUCCAAAUAAUAUGGCUACUAGUGGUAGAAUUGUUUCAUAUGCUUAUCAAGAGAUAUCUACCCAGGUUUUCAAUGGACUAAAUGUUGGCAAUUUGAAUGCUCUAAUCAAUGGACCCAAUUUAGUAACACCAGCUGGGCCAUUUAUUCCACAUGGAAGGUUGAUUAAUGUCCUUGCACUUUUGGCGAGAUGGAUUAGAUUAAAUUUUUCAACAAAUAUACAAAUCAUUGAAUUCAUUGAUGAUCAUCCAAGUUUUCCAAAACCUUCUGAAAGCUAUGAUAGCAAUGGUGGUGGCUCUGGAGUUUCCAAUGAUUUAGAACUUGCUUUUUACCAAAAGAAUCCAAAUGGUAACUAUUAUCUUGAGGAAAGAAAACAUAUUAAUGAAGAAUCUGACAAUCCUGCAGGAUUAUUGGGAUUAGUUAGUGAAGGUAUUAAAGAGGCUGCCAACGGUGUUAAAGUCACUGGUGUAAAUAUUUGGAAUAAAGCCAAAAGUAUUUUCAGCCAUGGUAAAGAAGCUGCCAGUAGUAAAACAAGUGCUGCCGUUGUAAAAGUUGAAAAUGAAGGUAAAGCAGUUGUCAAAGCUGGUGAAUCCGUUGUAAGUACUGUGAAAAAUGAUGGUAAGGCAGUUGUCAAUGCUGGCGAAUCUGUUGUAACCUCUGUGAAAAAUGAAGGUAAGGCAGUUGUCAAUGCUGGUGAAUCCGUUGUAACCUCUGUAAAAAAUAAUGGUAAGGCAGUUGUCAAUGCUGGUGAAUCCGUUGUAACCUCUGUGAAAAAUGAAGGUAAGGCAGUUGUCAAUGCUGGUGGAUCUGUUGUAACCUCUGUAAAAAAUAAUGGUAAGGCAGUUGUCAAUGCUGGUGAAACUGUUGUUCAAACUGUGAAAAAAGAAGCCUCAGUCAUUGUGAAAACUGGUGAAACUGUUAUUGAUUCCACAAGAAAAGGAGGCGCUGCAUUUGUUUCUGAAGGUGGUGCUGCAAUUGCUGAUAUUGAAAAAAAUGGUGCACAAUUUGCAAGAGGUGUUGUAGAAAUGGGUGAAGCAGCUGGUGAUGUUGUUGAAGAAAUGGCUGAAGUCUCAGCUGGUAGGUUAAUAGUUGAAGUUCUUGAAAUUGUAUAA